UAGUAUUUAUUAGGAUGAUCCAAACUAUAAGAUGAUAAUAAUUAUUUUUUGGUCUUUGGGUUAAAGGUGGUUGUGCCUUAUAUUUUAGAAUUGAGAAAGUAUUUUCUAAUAAACCGUUCCACUUAUUAGGUAAUAUAUAUUGGAUUUUGUCUUAUCAUCCACAACACAAGUACUCUGUAUUACUAUUAUUAUCUCACUUAUAAUAUAAUAACUUUUAGCUACAAAUCUGAAUAACUAUUUGCCCAGAUUAAUAACUAGAAAUGCUUAUAUUUUGAGACGGAGGAAAUAAAUUUUUAAUUUUUUUAAAAAAAACUAUAUUAGAAUAAGUUUUGUAAAAAUUUAUAAAUUUAUUUUGUUAUGAUAGUGGGCCGGGGGGAGCGACAGAGGCUUCAUGAUUUGGGCCUCUUUAGGCCCAUAAAGUAUUCAGCUAAAACUGGUGGCGCCAAAAGCCAGCUUUUGCGCGCGAACUCCGCCGUCUCCCUCCCUCCUCAACCUGCACGCAACCCCUCCGCCGCCGCCCUUCUCCCCUCGUCCCCCCGUGCGCCGCCGCCGCCGACCGCUGCAACCAGAUCGGCCGACGCGUCCUCCUCCUUCCGCCGCCCCACUCUCCACCAACCUCACCGCCGAUUCCUCACCCAAUCCUCCAUUCCUGACCUAGGGAGAAGCUUCCUCUUCCUCUUCUCUUCCCCCGCCUGUUCCUUCCCUUGUUGGUUCGGAUGGCGACCGUCAGCGACGACUACGCGCAGAUCGACAUCUCCACGGAGGAGAAGGACAAGCUUGUAGCGGAGGUGAUGCGCCACGUGCUCUUCAAGACGCACCAGACCGCCGGCUGCCCCAUCAAGCGGGAGGAGCUCACGCAGAUCGUUACCAAGAACUACCGCCAGCGCGUGCUCCCGGCACUCGUCAUCAAGGAGGCCGGGGACAGGCUCGCCGCCACAUUUGGCUACGAGAUGAGGGAGCUCCAGAGGACACGCGCCCCGUCCACCCGCUCUGGCCGCCCGUCCCAGCAGCAGGUUAAUGUGGAUGCGAAGAGCUACGUCCUGGUCAGUAAGUUAGACCCUGAGGUGUACAGCAAGUACGUCGAGCAUAAGGAGGCUGCCCAUGUGUCUGGCUUCGCUUUUGUUGUCAUUAGCAUUGUUCAUCUGUCCGGUGGAAAAAUUUCUGAAGAGGAUCUCUGGCAUCAAUUGAGACGGCUGGGUUUAAAUGAGAGCGAUGAAAACCACCCUGUUCUUGGUAACAACAAGCAGGCACUUGAACUCCUUGUGCAGCAAAGGUACCUACUGAAGGAGAAGCUUAGUGGGCCAGAAGGCCAUUCUAUGAUGUAUGAGCUUGCAGAGAGAGCAUUGGAUGAGUCCAUCAGUGGGAAGCUUAAGGAUUACAUUUCGCAGGUUGUGAGCACAAGCACUGCUGCAGAAGUAGAUUGAAGUGGAUAUGAUGAGCAAGAGAUACAUCUGGCUGGUAGGUUUGUCUAAGUCAGUGUAUUGGCAAGACUAACCAGGCGAAAGAAGCUAUAUAUCUUCUUGCGUGGGCAUGAUGAGACUUCUACUGACAUGCAAAAACUAGUAGAGGCUUAUUUUGUUUAAAGGGCUGUAUAGGAGAGGAGAUGGUGGACCUCUGAACUAGCUAUAUAAUUUAGGCCAUACAAAAACUGGCGUCCUUAACUAUGUAUCUGCUACAAAUAUUCUAUAACUUAAGCGUUAUUAUAUCAUCAUCAUGCUUGAAAUGUUGCCGUUCAGGUCUCCUGACCUGAUGUGAGGAAGCCAAUUUUGAGUACUAUGCUGCACUCUUGUUGGAUAUCGUAAAUUACCUUGAGAUCUGGAUACUUAUCAAUAAGCUAAACAGUCACAGAUGUGUAAUCUUUCAUCAAA